AAAGUCACCUCUCCUUCUGCUUGCAGAGGCGACGGUCCUGGUCGGCCCAGUGCGAUUUCAUCGAUGGCGGCUUCCAUCUACCCUGCGACCUCGGUUCUUCCUCGCGAUCGUCUAGCCACCGCACGCGCCCUCUGCCUCUUCUCGCCUCUUCGCUCCACGAUCUCCCUUCCCUUGCUCCGGAAGUAUAGAUCUCGCCCUCCCGCUGCUACCAUGAGCGUUCAGGCCCCGGAGAGAUCACCCAGUGUCGUGUUCCUUGAUAGGAAGGAGUCCGAUUUCCUGCAAUUUGUCAAGUAUCAGGGUCUCGGGAAUGAUUUCAUCAUGGUAGAUAACCGGGACACUUCCGAGCCUAAGGUCACUCCAGAGCAAGCUGUGAAGCUCUGUGACCGGAAUUUUGGUGUCGGUGCUGAUGGCGUGAUCUUUGUGUUGCCGGGGGUCGAUGGCACUGAUUACACCAUGAGGAUAUUUAACUCGGAUGGUAGCGAGCCAGAGAUGUGUGGUAAUGGAGUUCGUUGCUUCGCUCGAUUCAUUGCUGAGCUUGAAAACUCAACUGGGAUAAGAAGCUUUAGGAUUCACACAGGAGCUGGCUUGAUUGUUCCUGAAAUACAAAAUGAUGGCAAGGUAAAGGUAGAUAUGGGACAGCCUAUACUUGAUCCAGUAAACAUUCCUACUAAACUUCCUGCAAACAAGAAUGGAUCUGUUGUUCGAGGUGAACUUACAGUUGAUGGCAAAGCUUGGAAUGUGACAUGUGUUAGCAUGGGCAAUCCACAUUGUGUAACUUUUGGCACAAAAGCGGGUGACGUUCUGCAGCUUGAUGAAUUAAAGUUGGGCGACAUUGGUCCACUGUUUGAGCACCAUGAAGUAUUUCCUGCUCGAACUAAUACUGAAUUUGUUCAAGUAAUCUCUCCUUCACACCUAAAAAUGAGAGUGUGGGAGCGCGGUGCAGGAGCAACUCUAGCCUGCGGUACUGGAGCUUGUGCUGUUGUUGUUGCAGCUGUUCUUGAAGGUCACACGCAGAGGAAAUGUGUUGUUGAUUUGCCUGGAGGCCCAUUAGAGAUUGAAUGGAAGGAGGAAGACAAUCAUAUUUACAUGACGGGACCCGCUGAGCUAGUUUUCCAUGGACGUGUCUUCCUUCAACAAUGAACACCAGUUUAGAUAUUGAAGGCCUUGGAUCAAGAGAAGAGACCGACUGAUCCGAAAGGUUAACUCUGCUGCAGAGCAAAUGUGAUCAAAUUUUAACUUCAUGUUUUCAUGUAGAAUAGCUCUUCAAUUUGCAUGUUUAAUCCUGCUUUCGUUAGAUUUAACGCCUAACUGCAUUAGUUUCGGUGGGAUUUCGGUCGUGUUAGUUCAACUGUGUUCGACCUGCUCGCUUGUUAGAUUUUAGCUAUACCUCUGAAACACGUUGACAGAAUUGUCGUUGAACAAGGUUUCCUGUGCCUCGAAACAUAUUCUUCCGGUUGUUCUUGAAAGAAUGUCUUUCUACAUCGUUGAUUUUUUA